CAAUGUAUGUAUUGUGAACAGAAUACAUAAUGCUCCGAUCAAUUUUCUCAUCUCCCUUCCGCCGGAAUCUCUCUUCGUCCACUCUCCGCCACAUCUCUACGACGCCGCAUCUCAGCUUCUCAUGGAUGGACAAGGUCAAAGGAGUUCUUACCGGCCAGAAGACCGAACCCCCACCCUCACAAUCGGCCCAGUCGUUCACCCUUCUUCUAUUUGCGGAGGAGAUGAGGAAGGCUAGGAAAUUGGGGACUUUGAAGCAAUUCGUAGUUGGCAGAAGCAGUGAGGCCACUUUUAACGACGCCUUUGAGAAGCAAGAGGCCAUAAUUCGAUACCUAGGCGGUGUUGAUAAUACUGGGGAGAACAUCCAAACCAAGCACAAGCAGGAUGCAGCAAAACAAUGUAAUUGCACGCUGACAGAGGUUGAGAAUACCUUAGCUAAGUUUACGUGGGCCAAGCAAGCUCAGGCAAAGCUUGAACAACUUCAAGCUGAAGGAAAACCUAUCCCAAAGAGCAUGUCCGAGAUCCAGAAAAUGAUGGGAUCAUCUGCAUUGGAUCUUGCAAGAUCAAACAUGGCAAAAAGUGGGAAAACAAGUAGAAAUUCACCCUGCCCCUGUGGUUCUAAGAAGUUGUACAAGAGGUGCUGCGGCAAGGACAAGAGCAGUUGAGAGCAACUUGGGUUGUUGAGUUGAGGGAGAAGUGGAAAAGGAAAGGCUAAAUUAGGAACAUAAUGGUAAGCUUUGGUGUGAGCACAGUUUAUUCUCUUUCUGCACAACUUGCUUCGGAAGUGUGGGUUGGCCAUGGGACUAGAAUAUAAACAAUUCUUUUUAGGGUUCAUCUCCAUUCAAUAUUCACGUUUAUUUGGGAUUUUGGAUCCAAUUUUGACCUAUCUCAUCUUUGUUGUAGUAUCUUUUUUUUUUUUUUUUUAUGUACUUGACAAUAUUUAAUAACGUGCAAGCUGAGUUGAGUUGAGUGA